GUUUGGAGCAAUUGUGUGUGUGUGAUGAAAUCACGCGUGUUGAUCCCCGCUGCAGCAACGUGCCUCGGCUCCUCUUCCCAGCCCCGCAGCCUUCUUCUCAAUCUGCAUUCACACCGAGGUUGCUUUCGCAUCCCACUCGGUGUCUAAAUUCAAGGGCCCCGGUCGACUGUAUUGCAACGCAGGGGGGGAUAUAUUUAUUUAUUUUAUUUUAAAGCCUUCUCCUUGUUUGUUUUGGACGAUCUCUCGCUUAGCUGGGCUUCUCGAGUGGAGAAAAAAAAAAACCACUGCGUGAUGCAUCGUGGGCUGAGAAGCCACUAAACAAGACGGGCAUCUGCACCAGGCGAGGAGAGGAAAAGAUGGUGAGGAUGACGACGGCUUCAUCAAAUUUAGCCUCCAAGAGCUCAACCAUGGGGAAACCUUCUUCCCUCGCCUGUAAGCUCUUCCUCUGGCUCUUCAUCGCCGUCAACCUCCCCACCAGCUCCUUUCAAACGGAUGACGAUGACGAGGUGUCUAACAAGACAUGGGUGCUGACCCCGAAGGUGUACGAGAGUGAUGUCACACACAUCCUCAAUGGCCUACUAGAUGGAUAUGACAACAAAUUGAGGCCUGACAUUGGAGUUAAACCCACAGUGAUCCACACAGACAUGUUUGUCAACAGCAUCGGCCCAGUGAAUGCCAUCAAUAUGGAAUACACCAUCGACAUUUUCUUUGCCCAGACGUGGUACGACAGAAGGCUAAAAUUCAACAGCACGAUGAAGGUUUUGCGUCUCAACAGCAACAUGGUCGGGAAGAUCUGGAUUCCAGACACUUUUUUCCGCAACUCAAAGAAGGCCGACGCCCAUUGGAUCACGACGCCCAAUCGCAUGCUUCGAAUCUGGAAUGACGGCCGAAUCCUCUACACGCUCAGGUUGACGAUCGAUGCAGAAUGCCAGCUGAAACUGAACAACUUCCCUAUGGACGAGCACUCAUGUCCCUUGGAGUUUUCAAGCUAUGGCUACCCCAGGGAGGAGAUUGUAUACAAGUGGAAGAGGAGCUCGGUGGAGGUUGGAGACAUCCGCUCCUGGAGGCUUUACCAGUUCUCUUUUGUAGGCCUGAGGAACACCUCGGAGAUUGUCAGGACCGUCUCAGGCGACUACGUGGUGCUGACGGUCUUCUUUGACCUAAGCAGGAGAAUGGGCUACUUCACCAUCCAAACCUACAUCCCAUGCACUCUCAUUGUUGUACUCUCUUGGGUUUCAUUCUGGAUCAACAAGGAUGCAGUACCAGCUAGAACAUCCUUAGGCAUCACCACCGUGCUGACAAUGACAACGUUGAGUACCAUCGCCAGGAAGUCUCUUCCUAAAGUCUCCUACGUGACAGCCAUGGACCUAUUUGUGUCUGUGUGCUUCAUCUUCGUCUUUGCUGCAUUAAUAGAGUAUGGCACGUUGCACUACUUUGUCAGCAAUAGAAAGCCAAGUGCCAAAAAGGACAAGAAGAAGAAAAACCCGCUCCUCCGGCUCUUUUCCUCCAAGCAGACGCCCACGGUGGACAUCCGUCCGCGCUCGGCCACAGCCAUCCAGAUGAACAACGCCACGCACAUGCAGGAGCGCGACGAGGAAUACGGCUACGAGUGUCUGGAUGGGAAAGACUGCACAAGCUUCUUCUGCUGCUUCGAGGACUGCCACUCGGGGGCGUGGCGGCACGGCCGCUUGCACAUCCGCAUCGCCAAAAUUGACUCUUACGCACGUAUCUUCUUCCCCACCGCUUUCGGUCUCUUCAACCUCGUCUACUGGGUCUCCUAUCUGUAUCUCUAGGAGCGCGCUACCAGCCUUAUCAUGCGCUCUUUUUAAGUUGUGUGGGACAUUUCGUCAAGAGGGGCGACGCUGCCAUUAUUUUUUCUUUUCAUUUCAGCAUUCCCCUUUUUUUUCCCUGAUUGGAUAGGAUUCAUUGGUUUAGGUGCGCCAGAUGUAUGUCGCAAAUCCUGUAGCAUUACAUUUAAGCGACAUAAAACGAUUGAGAAAUGAUUGGAAAUAUUCCUUUCCGUGAUCAUCUGUUCACUGUGCCAACGCCAUUUUUUCGGUUUGUUUUUGCAUUUUUUGUGGACAAUUGAUCAUCUAUUUCAAGACAAAAAGCAGACUAGCAAGGUUUUCUGGGUUACGAAAUGUCUCGAGGUCCAUUUUUGGUUUUGUGCGCAAAAUUUGACGUACGAGUAGUCUUCAUCGAAAUGCGUAAAUUGAGAAAUGAGCUCAAAUUCAACAUCAAGUCAAGGUACCACGAUAGUAGUGUAAAACAAGCAUACUGUAUGUGAAUUUAUAGAUUAGAGCAUUUGAUGACAUCUAAAAUUGGACAAUGAAUCGAUUUUCUAAAUUAACAAUCCCCUGAUUGUUCUAAACAGGAGCGGAACUAAUGGGGGUGCUUGAGGUCCAACCACACCCGGGCGUAAAGUCGGCGUGGUUUGGUAAGGGGAGGGCCAAACAGAAAGGUAAGAUAAUGUGCGGAGCUGUAAUAUGGUGUUAAAGUGUUAAAAUAUCUCUGCCAGGUGCUUGGAGAACCUCCGUGAAGUUAGAGACCCCUGAGGUGGGUCUAGUGGAAUAUUAUUUGCAGGCCCCUCAAGACACCUACGUGAAGUUGGCCCCCAAUCAGACGCAAAUUUAUAUUAAAAUGUCAAUCGUUUGUGCUACGUUGGCUUUUGUUUGUGCUGCUAUCGUUUUUAAGAUACUUAGAAUUCUUUCAUAGGUCAAUCUGAGGUCAACCAGCCCCCCAUUUUGAUUGAAAAUGGUGUCAAUUCUUGGUGCUGUACAAAGUUUUGUUUGUGCUGUUAUCCUUUUUUGCGAUAUUGAGAUCUUAAUUUCAAGUGAUGACGUCACGCAGCCUAUUUAUAGCAAAAUGGACCCAAAAUGGUGCCAUUCGUUUGUCCUGUAAAAAUUUCGUUUGUGCUGCUAUUGUUUUACAUGUACAGGUAGUCCUGGGGUUACGAACGAGUUCUGUUCUUAACCUGGUGACGAAACCCAAAUUUCUCCAUAAAUCGGGAUUAACCUUUUAAAAAAAAAAAACUAUCCAAAAAGUUACAAAGUAUUUUAUUAUGUCUAAUGAUGGUGUUAAUUAAUAAUUUGACAAUGAUAAUUAUGGAGGUAAUUAAGUUUAGAGUUAGAGAUUGUGUGAGCGAUUAGCUAUGAAAAUUGUAUAUACGUUAGCAUUUGUAGCAUUUAAGCUAGCUGACUUUUGCGAGGCUAAAUUUACAUUUUGAUCAGACGAGAUGGACAUUUAAACACCAAUUAAAGUGGGGCAAAUAAAUAUGUAGUCAACCACCAAUUUUGCAAGUUCUCCUACUUGAAAAGAUUAGAGAGGCCUGUAAUUGUCAACAUGGGUGAACCUCAACCAUCAGAGACAGAAUGUGGGGGAGAAAAAAAAAAACAAAAUCACAUUGUUAGAGUUUUAAAUAAUUUAUUUCCAAAUUGGAGUUGAAAAUAAGUAUUUGGUCACCAACAAACAAGCAAGAUUUCUGGCUGUCAAAGAGGUCAAACUUCUAACGAGGUCUAAUGAGGCUCCACUCGUUACCUGUAUUAAUGGCUCUUGUUUUAACUCAUGAUCGGUAUAAAAGACACCUGUCCACAACCUCAGUCAGUCACACUCCAGAUUGCACUAUGGCCAAGACCAAAGAGCUGCCAAAGGACAUCAGAGACAAAACUGUAGACCUGCACCAGGCUGGGAAGACUGAAUCAGCAAUAGGUAAAAUGCUUGGUGUAAAGAAAUCAACUGUGGGAGCAAUUAUUAGAAAAUGGAAGACAUACAAGACCACUGAUAAUCUCCCUCGAUCUGGGGCUCCAUGCAAGAUCGCACCCCAUGGCGUCAAAAUGAUAACAAGAACGGUGAGCAAAAAUCCCAGAACCACAUGGGGGGACCUAGUGAAUGACCCACAGAGAGCUGGGACCACAGUAUCAAAGGCUACUAUCAGUAACACAGUGCGCUGCCAGGGACCUUAAAUCCUGCACUUCCAGACGUGUCCCCCUGCAGAAGCCAGUACACGUCCAGGCCCCUCAGCAGUUCGCUAGAGAGCAUUUGGAUGAUCCAGAAGAGGACUGGGAGAAUGUGUUAUGGUCAGAUAAACCAAAAUAGAACUUUUUGGUAGAAACACAGGUUUUCAUGUUGGAGGAGGAAGAAUACUGAAUUGCAUCCGAAGAACACCAUACCCACUGUGAAGCAUGGGGGUGGAAACAUCCUGCUUUGGGGCUGUUUUUCUGCAAAGGGACCAGGACGACUGAUCUGUGUAAAGGAAAGAAUGAAUGGGGCCAUGUAUCGAGAGAUUUUGAGUGAAAAUCUCCUUCCAUCAGCAAGGGCAUUGAAGAUGAGACCUGGCUGGGUCUUUCAGCCUAGCCAGUCUCCAGAUCUCAACCCCAUAGAAAAUCUGUGGAGGGAGUUGAAAGUCCGUGUUGCCCAACGACACUGCCCCAAAACAUCACUGGAGGAGAUCUGCAUGGAGGAAUGGGCCAAAAUACCAGCAACAGUGUGUGAAAAGCUUGUGAAGAGUUAAAGAAAACGUUUGGCCUCUGUUAUUGUUAUUGCAAAACAUUGAGAUGAACUUUUGGUUUUGACCAAAUACUUAUUUUCCACCAUGAUUUGCAAAUAAAUUCUUUAAAAAUCAAACAAUGUGAUUUUCUGGGUUUUUUUCCACAUUUGUUUCACAUGGUUGAGGUUUCCCCAUGUUGACAAUUACAGACCUCUCCAAUAUUUUCAAAUGGGAGAACUUGCACGAUUAGUGGUUGACUAAAUACUUAUUUACUGUAUCUUAGUAAAAGAGAAUAAUUUUGGCUUAUUAGAGCCGACAAUUUUUAAAGUCUGAGGUUCCCUUUAAGGGCCCUUCAAAUAACAGUCCACUAGCACCCGCACCCCCAAUUCGGGGGUCCAAAUUAUGCUCAUCGUACCCAGGCCCUGCUCACAUUUGUUCCGCCUCUGGUUCUAAACUCCUGUUUAAUAAUUAGUACUGAGUAAAAUUGCAGUGUUGGAUGAAGCUCAAUGUUCCAUAGUUGACACGUUGCCUUCUUUGACAGCAAACUAGUAAAAACAAAAUCAAGCAUUUUGCUUCAAGAUAGGAUUACUUAAUCAUUUGCCAAAUUCUUAACACUCACUUAUUGUUGUCCUUUGUCUUUUUUUUUUUAAUUUUCAUGGGAUGGGAGAAUCUUUGUGAAUGUUCCAUUUUCCAAACCCGUAUUUUACUAAGCAGAAUAAUGCUGCCCUAAGGCGUUGUGUAUAGUCGUCACUUCAUUUGACAGGACUGUAGCGCACAUUUUGCCACAGCUGCUUCAAUAGCGAAUAAUUCUCAACAACCAAUUAAUCCAUUAUGAUGUUCAUCCUUAAUUCAUGAGGUUUAUUUUGGCUGAUGUGGCGGCGCAACUAAUCGUCUAUCAUUUUUUUAUGCGUGUAGUCAACAGUGAUGGCGUUUAUGGACAACUGUACAGAUAUUGUAAAUAUUUUCCCAUGACACAGUGUGUUUAUAUUUAUGCAUGCACUUUUCAAGGUCAGAAAAAAAGACAUGCAUUUUUUUUUUUUUGUCGGCUACUGCUGGUUAUCAUUCAGGGUUUAACUGCAGACAAUUUAGGGGGAAAGAAAAUCACUUUGACAUCUGUGGGGAACAUCAACUGUUAAAAGCCAGCAAGCAUUUCCUUAAUGCAGUUUACGUAUGCAAGAAAGGACUCAAGGAAAGGUACUCUGACUAUGACGCUUGUCCUUCACUGCUUGAGAAAACUGCAGCUUUCACAAGGAAAACCUAAUAACUAAACAACAUUCCAAAGUGGAUGUGAGUGCAAAUACAGGACACAAGACACAAAACACAUUAUUAUUAGAGUGAGGAAAAUAAGUAUUUAAACACCCCCCGAUUUUGCAAUUUCUCCCAAUUAGAAAUGAUGGGCUGGUUUAAAUUUUCAUGGUAGGUGCUUGUCCACUGCGAGAGACCAUCUAAAAAAAAAACAUCCAGAAAUUACAGUAUGUUUUUUUUUUCUCAACAAUUUAAUUGCAUUAUACUGCUUGAAGGAACCUGACCCUUUAGCCAGAUUGCCGGAAUCACGCCAACCAAACCGCCGGCGACCCGGGCCAGCGAGAGUCAGCAACCCGGCCAAAAGGCCAAACCCCGCGCGUUCACCUUAGUCUUAACCCCUUGUACUAAGGGUGUAACGGUACAUGUAUUUGUAUUGAACCGUUCCGGUACGUGGUCCUCGGUUCGGAACGGAGGCGUACCGAACGAGUUUCUGACCAGAGGUUGCGCUAGACUUUUUCGUUGUCUGUCAUUUUGACUGACAGGGUCAUAAAAAUCCGGUCAUAAUCUAUUUUUACCCGUCACUUAAAUUUUUAAAAUGAUGAUAAUGACAUUGUGGUGACCCUUUGUUUGGCAUAAUUCACCUUCCGUACUUGUGUGUCCAUUUGGCCGAGCGCGUUACCGGCUACUACAGUCCCGUGACAGAGACACUUAAGAGCCGCGCACGGUCCCCUCACUAUCCACUCGCUCUCGCUAUAUGAUUGGCCGAAGAGUCGAAAUGCUCUCCCGUGAAAUGCCUGUUUAAAAAUGUUCCCGUUGUUACUUCUUGCGUUCGCUUAUAAGUGCCCAUUUAAAAAGGAAAAGCGAUGGAUGAUACUACACACAGAGCGUAUUAUUAACAAAUGUUAAAGUUGUAUAAUCAUAUAGCGAGAAUAAGGAACGUCACUGACAAGCGUAGGCCCCCGCGAGUGGAUAGUGAGGGGAAUAGGACAGUGCGCCUACAGCUAACAAGACUAAUAACAUUGCAUACCGCUUCAACAUAUUCAAUAGUAUUUAGUUUUCAUUCAUUUUAAAUUAAUAUUCUGUCCGAACAAGCUUAACAGAGAAUCCACACCGUGCCAUCACACAUCAAGCAAAUGAAUAUGUAACUUUUCUCCGCCUUGACAAAAACAAGUGACUGUGGCACCAGUAGAUAGGUAGCCUACCAUAUGUAGCAUAUGGAACAAUGAAAUUAACAGUUCACCUGCUGUGGCCUGAACGUAGUCUCAUACUUUCCUCCUGGUGCGCAUGGACUUGAAUUGCGUGCCCGCUUGUGCAGUCCCUGUUUUUUCACCUCUUUUAUCAACACCAUCGUCGUUUUGGGCUUUUUGAAGAAACUUCGGACACUCAGUUGCCUUGACAUUUUUCAGAGUAAGGCCAACGACGUCAUGCAUCAAGAGAGACAAUAGCUAAUUAAUAAGCUCACUCGCCACCCUGUGGUCUGGGGUGUGAAUUGCAACCGGUCAAAAUGACGGAUGGACUUCAGUUUUUUCCGUCACCGUUUUAAAAAAUCGGUCAACGACGGAAAAUAUUCGGUUAACGCGACCCCUGUUUCUGACGUAGUGUAAGUAGAGGUGGGAAUCUUUGGGCACCUAAUGAUUCAAUUACGAUUACGAUUCAGAGGCUCCGGUUCGAUUGUAAAUCGAUUAUUGACCCUCCCGGCUUUUAAAGUGUUGUACAUUAGUUCCAAAAUUGAGGCAUUUCAUUUGUAAAAUGUUAAAAUCUUUGUCAUUGGGAUUGCUUUUUUUAGCACAGGGCUUAUUUUUUCUUCUUUCUUUCAGAAAGAAAGCUGACCAAUACACGGGGUCUGAAAGGCAAAUUGUUGUUGGAUUAUCUUUAAAUACCCACUACUUUUUGAGCAGAAUUCUAGCUUUGUAUAGGCUAAGAGUCUGUCUGGACAUGUGCUGGUUUAAGCAGGGGAACCUUAGUGUAUUACCAACACUAACCUUGGAAAUGGUGGUCCCAGCUCCUUGCAGGUCAUUGACCGGCUCCUCCUGUGUAGUUCUUGGCUGAUUCCUGACAUUUCUUUAGAUCAUUGAGACCCUACGAGAUGGAUCUUGCAUGGAGCCCCAGUCUGAGGAAGACUGACAGUCAUAUUUAGCUUCAACAUUAAAAUUUCUGAAGGAAUCUGACCUUUUGGCCAGAUAGCCGAAAUCACACCAGCCAAACCGCCGGACCUGCGCUGGCGCAGCCCCAACGACCCGGGCUGGCAAGACUCUGACAACCGGGCCAAAAGGCCAAACUGCAUGUGUUCACCUUAGUCUUAACCCCUUGGACUGACUCCAUUUUGAAAGUUGACAAUUUAUUCAGGUCGACAGCGAUCAAACAGCAAAUAGGUUCCCGACAGAGACACAAUUCUGGAUCCAGGGUCAGCAAAACAACGAGCACAUUGGAAUGUCCCCGAGAAGCGACAAUUGUUAGCUAAACGUUCAGUCUUUUUGAAGUCUGUGGUAAGGUGGGCCGGACGAAGGGUGCCCGGGUGUUGUUUAGGAUCAUUCUUCUGUUGCAGAUUUGGGCGGUCAAGUUCGUGCGUCAGCGUUCGUUGCUGGGUCAUGGUUACUGAGCCAACUGAGGUGGGAGGUUCGGCCUGCCUUGACAUCUGAGAGGCGCCGAGCUAUCAAACUUAAGAGUUGUUUUUGUUAUCGGGUGUUGUGGUCGUACAGGAUGUCCUGCCAUUUGUUGUGGACUGUCCUGAAGAGCUGAUUGCGGGAUUAGGUGUUGCAGACGUGGGCUUGUAGAUGUCUUGCCUAUCACCUGGUAGUCAGCGUCAAUCUUGCUCAGUCAGCUGCGUGACGUACGCGUUGGGCUUCCGUGGUCAGAAGGCGUCAUGUAUCUCUUAUGCCCUAUAUCAAAUAUAUUCUGCUUGUUUUCCUUAAAUUAUAUAAAUGAUAUUUAUUUUAUAUUGGGUAGGUUAGAGUAAUACAAACUGUAAAUACGAGAAAAAAUACUAUUGCCUUCAUUUCAAACCAGCCCAUCAUUUCUAAGUGGGAGAACCUUGCAAAAUCGCAGGCUGUUCAAAUACUUAUUUUCCUCACUGUAUUAUUAUUAUUAUUAUUUUUUUUUUUUUUGAACAGCCUUAUUUGAGCAUCUCUAUUUUAGCGGAAAGUCACGAAUGUUCGUUUCCUCCGAUCCUUUUGCUUUGAAUGGUCUUGUGUAGAGAGGACACAAUGAAAGCUUUGUAAAUGUCGUGUAACAUAAAACGCACUAAAGACACGGGUGGGGGCAAAAAACAUUGAUCAAUACUCUCACCAAAAAAAAAAAAACAAAAAAAAAAGUGUGUGUGUGAAUCACAUUCCGAUGUACAUAGAGUAAAUUAUGGGGAAAAAAAUACUUGGGAUUCUCUUUAAAAAAAGGAUCUAUAUAAAUAUAUAUUUUGUAAUUUCAGCUGUUCACAUUCAAUCAAAAUACUGUAUAUUUGACUUAUUUAAUGGUCUAGAAUAAUCCAAGGGUAGGGGGUAUUUAUUAUUUAUGGUAUUUAUUUCAUGGAAAUAAGUUGUACUUUAUGUUUAUAGUGUUAAAAAAAGAAAUAAUGCAUUUAUAUCAAGGGUGCAUUUUUAUUCGUCAGUAUGUUAACGGAGCGUUAGCUUAACUUCUCUUGUGUUCUUUCUAUGUUGUGCAAAAUGUUCUCACCCAGGUCUGUCCAACUGUAUGUGCAAAUGUGACCUGACUUCUAUGGAGCUUCAGCAUACUGUGGCUGGAGAGAUAAAAGAAAAAGAAUAACAAUUUCUGAGAAAAUGUGUUUACCGUAUUUUUCGAACUAUAAAUUACAGGGUUUUUAAAAAAAAUUUUUAAUCAUAGUUUGGCCGGGGGCACUAUUUAUAAUCUGGAGUGAUUUAUGUGUGAAAUUAGUUAACACAUCAUUGUAUCAUUUCACAUGUUACUUUCACACUAUUCCGCAAGAGGGCGCUCAAGGCCUGUGUUUCCACAUUGGUGGUAACUUAUAAAAACAACUGGGAAGGGCUGAACAAAAUGGCCCCAAAAAUAAAAUCAUAUUCUGCAGAUUCCAAGAUGCAAGUAGUGAAACAGAAUACAAACAUUUGAUGGUUUGUUCAGCUCAGUUCAGGUUUAUUGUCCCUUAAGAAGGAGUAACUUAUUUUACAGCAGGUAAACAUACAGAUAACGUAAACACAACAACAGAUAAAGGCAAAACAAUUUGUAAAAAAUUUGAAAUCUGGAAGAAAUUUGAACAGGAAUUCAAUUAGAUGUUAGCUUUGUAGGUUUUGAAUUUGUUUAAAAAAUGGCUUUAUUAAGAAAUUCCAAAGGGUUCAGUGAAUACACCUGUGAAACUCGUGGGGUUCGGUACCUUUUAGCAAGGUUAAGAACUACUGCUCUAAACUAAAUUACAUAUGUAUAAACAAUCAUAGCUCAAACAAAAACUUUCCUAAUGUUGGUCUUAACAGGGAGCAGCUGGAUUCAACCAUGUUAGAGCAGUUAUGUCAUAUACACUGUUACCACAAGCAUCCGCCCAAAUCAAUAAAACGAAAUGCAAACACUUUGAAAAACGAACCAUUACAACGCCACUCUAAAUAAACGAAUCCUCAAAGCAGCAAAAUUUGAUUCGAAGCUUUUUUUCUAAUCGAAUUACUCGAGUUAAUCGAUUAAUGGUUGCAGCACUAGUAAACAUACCGGGCACAUUCUCAGUUCAUUGUUCACGUGUCAUGUAAUGUUAGCAUACCGUACACUUACUCAGCCUGUUGUAUUCUGUUUUUAUUUUAAAUUGCCUUUCAAGAUGACAUGUCUGUUCUUGGUGUUGGAUUUUGGACUCUGGUGUGACUAUGUAUAUGAUUUUUUCCCCCCUCUUCAAUAAGCAUUUUUUGGCUGGUUCAACUUAUAGUCCGGAAAAUACGGUAUUUUAAUUAUUAUUAGGCAUUGGUCAGUCUUACUGCCCAUCAAUGGUCAGUUCCAGUUUUUAUAAACCCCUUUAGGACCACAGAGAAUGGAUAACUUGUACAGGUAGACCCCGGGUUACGACGGACCUGACUUACACGAUUUCGACUUUACAACGCCUGAGUCUCAUCGUUUUUUGUUUUGUUUUUUUUUAAAUGUUGACUUUUGUUUUGUGAUGCAUGCUUGCAGACAACGAGAACCAAAAGUGGUAUUUACCAUGUGACAAAAUUGAUUUUGCCAUGUGGAAUUUUUUUUUUUGCCAUGUGGCAAAAUCCAUUUUGCCACAUGGCAAAAAAAAUGCCACAUGAAAAAAAUCAAUUUUGCCAUGUGGCAAAAAAAUGCCACACGGCAAAGGAAAAAUGCCACAUGGCAAAAUCAAUUUUGCCACAUGGCAAAGGAAAAAUGCCACGUGGCAAAAUCCAUUUUGCCUCAUGGCAAAGAAAAUGCCACAUGGAAAAAUCAAUUUUUCCACGUGGCAAAAAAAAAAAAUGCCACAUGGUAAAAUCCAUGUUGCCACAUGGCAAAGAAAAUGUCACAUGACAAAACCUAUUUUGCCACAUGGCAAAAAAAAUGCCACACGGCAAAAUCAAUUUUGCCACUUGGCAAAAAAAUGCCACAUGGCAAAAUCAAUUUUGCCACUUGGCAAAAAAAUGCCACAUGGCAAAAUCAAUUUUGCCACUUGGCAAAAAAAUGCCACAUGGCAAAAUCCAUUUUGCCACAUGGCAAAGAAAAUGCCACAUGACAAAACCUAUUUUGCCACAUCGCAAAAAAAAAAAAAAAUGCCACAUGGCAAAGGAAAAAUGCCAAAUGGCAAAAUCCAUUUUGCCACAUGGCAGAGAAAAUGCCACAUUGAAAAAUCAAUUUUGCCACAUGGCAAAAAAUUGCCACUUGUCAAAGGAAAAAUCAAUUUUGCCACAUGACAAAAAAAUUGGCACAAGGCAAAAUCUAUUUUGCCACAUGGCAAAGAAAAUGCCACAUGACAAAAUCAAUUUUGCCACAUGGCAAAAAAUAAUGCCACAUGGCAAAAAAAAAAAUGGCACAUGGCAAAUACCACUUUUGGUUCUCGGCACUGCUUUGGCGCAGGAAGCGUUGAACAGGAAACAAUCGCAUGUACAGACGCGCGCUGCCCACCUCACACACACAGAGAUUAUCCGAGUGACAGAAUUGACAGCCUGCGCGCACAUUUAUUGCUGUAUCAGCAGCUACUUGUUAACGCAAAUUUGAAUUGCUGUUUUUGGAGUCAGAUUUAAUUUCAUUUUAUUUUGUGUUGAUGUCAUGAGCAGCUGAAUAAAGUCAGCAAAGCACACAGACGUCUGACAUCGUCAUUUUCGGAGGUUAGCUAACUGUCUAGUUAGGACGUCUCGGCAAGGACAGUGCAAUGACGUAUAAUAUUUUUGGAUAUAUAUUUUUUAAUUUAGAGGGUGUUUUGAGGUAUUUAAAGGGUUAAUCCCGAUUUACGCGGAAAUCCGAGUUACAUCCCCAGCACAGGAACAGAAGUCAUUCGUAAACCGGGGACUACCUGCACUUUAAUUAAAGAAAUUGUCAUUAAAAUUUUAUUGAGAUAAGAAUUUGUUCUUGAUAAAACGCUUAUUUACCUAUUCCAGAAUAAAACAGUCUAAAUGCCACCAUCCACGUUUCCCUAACUAGUCCUGUUAUGUUCCUAAAUUUCCACAUUAGUUGUCUUAUCAAGCCACUACAGUGUUGUCUUUGAUUGAUUCGACUGUACUUCAUCAGUUUCAGUUCAUGUAUGUACUUGCAAUGUUACAGACUUAAAUACCCAACUGACAAACUGCAACAGUUACGUAAACUAGAUAUAAUUUUUACCUGUACAAGUGUCGAAAUGAAAAGAAUGACAUGACCGUGCACUGCAACUAUUCUAUUCGUAUUUUCAGGCUGCAAACAUAUCAUUAUUCAUCCUGAAUCUGAAACCUACAAUGGUAUGGCUUUUGAAAUAAAAAGAAAAAAAAGAAGAAAAAAAAGGAUAUUGUAUUGCAUAUUCUACAUGACGUAGUUAUAGCUUAUUCCUCAAAUGUAAAGACGUGGGGAUUGCAAUGAAGUGUGUGCAUGUUGAGUGUUUAGUUUCACUUCAUGAAAUAGGAGCAACUCAAUUUGUUUUUGUAUUUUUACUGUAUUUACUUUGUGAUUCUUAUUUUAGGAGCCAGAAAUACAGCACACAAUAUAUUUUCUACUGCUAUCUAUGUUGGGGGAAAAAAAUAACUAUAAAAACAAAAGCAUUAUACAAGGUUUCACACAGCAAGUUAGAUCCAAUUCUCCUGCUUACAUUUGUUGUUUGGUAUCCAUGUAAUUCUUGAGUUAUGUGUACAAAAAGGGGGCACGGUGUCUGCAUAGCAUCCAAACGUACUUUUCAUAAGGGAAUUGCACAUAGCUGUGAAAUUUUACAAUAAAAUUGGUGCAUUUA